AUAGGGCUGCCCCCGAGCGAGUUGACCACAUACAAGAUGAUCCUCACGCAGUGCGCCGUCUGCGCCACCGAGCUUGGCUUGUCAUUGGGCAAGAAAUGCGGCCGCUGCAGCACGCGCUACUGUGGGCCCGAAUGCCAGGUGCAGCAUUGGAAAGAAGGCGGGCACGACACGCUCUGCAAGAAAAUAAAAAAGGCAGGCGGCGCCGAACAGUACAACGCAAAUGAGAAGUACACGGAGGCCGUAUUUCACGCGGCGGCAGCGUGCGCCGAGGACACGAAGGGCCAGACGUGCUUCAUCUGCACGCAAGCAUUGCAUUGGAAGACGAAAGAGGGCCUCGUGCGCGGGUGCGCGUGCCGUGGGACGGCGGGCUUUGCGCACGUGUCGUGCUUGGCGGAGCAGGCGAAGAUUUUGUUCGCGGAGGCCGAGGAGAACAAUUUGGACGACGAUGUGAUUUAUGAGAGGUUCAGUAAGUGGUACGCGUGCAGCUUGUGCGAGCAGGAGUACCACGGUGUCGUGCGGUGCGCGCUCGGGUGGGCGUGCUGGAAGACAUACUUGGGGCGGCCGGAGGAGGACUACGCUCGGAGAAUGGCGAUGAACGCGCUUGGGAACGGAUUAUUUGAGGCUAGAGUCCCCAAGGACUCGUUGUCCGUGCGAGAGGCCGAGUUGUCUAUACUGCGGCGCGUUGGCGCGCCAGAAGAGCUCAUUCUCGCCACGCAGAGCAAUCUUGCGAGUACGUAUGAAUUUGUUGGACGGCGUGAAGAGGCUGCAACCAUGCUUCGAGACGUAUACUCCGGAACUUUGAAGCUAUACGGCGAAGAACAUAGAGAAACGCUCAUAGCAGCCAACAACUAUGCGGCGUCCCUUGAAACGCUACAACGCUACCAAGAAGCCAGGUCACUGCUGCGCAAAACGAUUCCCGUGGCACGACGCAUCCUCGGAGAGAGUGAUCGAAUCACGCUCACGAUGAGAAAGAUUUUUGCGACGGCGCUCUACGAAGACGACAGCUCCACGCUCGACGAUCUCCGCGAGGCCAAGACGACGCUCGAGGAAUCGGAACGGACCGCGCGGCGCGUGUUCGGCGGCGCACACCCGCUCGUGCUGGCGCUGAAAGGCUCCAUGCGGCUGGCACGAGAAGUGCUCCGCGCCCGCGAGGCGCCCGAAGUCCUCCAAACGGCCGACGACCUCGCCGCCCAUUUUGAUAGCUUGUAA